AUCCUCAGCCGUCAAGUUCCCCCCAACUAUUCCAUCUCGACCGUCCAUUCCGAUCGCCCUCCCCAAAAGCAACAAAUCUCCUUUAAUAGAUUAGCCCACAUUUCACAAUCCAAAGAUACCAAAGCCUGGAAUCCAAAUCUUUAUCAAAUCUAGUUCAGUUCCAACGAGUUUCUUUUUCUCACAACCAGGCGAGUACGUAAACCCGAUACUCGCCUUCUCAGAAUCCCCACCUAAUCAAACAGGGUGCAUUCCGUUAAAUGGUAUUGCCGAAAAUGCGACUACGUGAGGCCCCUGCGGGUUUGAGUUUGACAGAGUGGGUUCCACUAAGUGGUUUACAAUUGUAUAUAUAGCGUAAAACCAACGCUUUCCCUUCUAUUUCAAAGCCACCCCUUUGUCUACUUCCCUGCGAGUCACCCUUUUUUCAGUUUCUCCGCCUGAAAGUUACGAAGAGCGGCACGGAAAAUGUCUGCGACAGGCGGUGGGGGAGCAGGUGGCGGAGGACAGGAGGAGGAUAAGAAGCCGGCCGAUCAGUCUGCCCACAUUAACCUCAAAGUCAAGGGCCAGGAUGGUAACGAAGUGUUUUUUAGGAUUAAGAGAAGCACUCAGUUGAGGAAACUGAUGACUGCCUAUUGCGAUAGGCAGUCGGUGGAUUUGAGCUCAAUUGCCUUCUUGUUUGAUGGGCGGAGGCUCCGGGGGGAGCAGACUCCCGACGAGCUCGAGAUGGAGGAUGGAGAUGAAAUUGAUGCAAUGCUGCACCAGACAGGAGGGGCAUGGAAGUCCAUGGCUGCUAAUUGGACAACAUUUGAAUACACAUGAAAAAAGCUAGGGAGGGCAGACUUGGAGCAAACUAUAGUAUCAUAUUAUAUUUUGGUACAUCUAUGGAAAUGUUCACUGUAAAUGGCGGUCUAGAGAACUUUUGCAACAAUGGUUUUGUUGAUUAGCUAGCUAUACUAGUAGUAAAUUGCUGUAUGCAUGGAUAUUUAAUGGUAUGCCAAUUGUGUUUCAAAAUACAACAUGAACAAGUAUAUUGCUAUUAUGCUUCAAAA